AUCAAAGUCAAAGAGAGAAGAGGUGAAGAAUAAGACAGAGAGAGAGAGAGAGAGAGAGAGAGCAUUCUAGAGUGAGAAACAGAGUAAAAACCAAACUUCAAGUGAGGUAUUGGGUGGGCUGAGGGAGGGUUUCAAGAGAGGAGACAUGCCCAAGUUGAACAUAGAAGCUCUACUAAUACUUGCUUCUUUCUUCAUGCCUUGUCAGAUCCCAAAGGGUAUGGUUGAAGGUUUUGACUUUUGAGAAUUAAGGCUGCAUUACUGUAUACAUUUUACUCAAGGAAUGGUCAAGAUCUGAAUGUUGGUUAUGUGGAAGGUUAAAUGAAGCCGUUCUUCUUGUUGAAUCAUCCUGAUACUAUGUACAAUUGUUCACAAGCUGAUUUUAGUCAGUCAAUGGUCCGUGCUCCUUAUCCGUAUGGUGAUCCUUUUUUUGGUGGUUCAUUAGUUGCGUAUGGACCACAGGCUAUUAAUCAACCCCAGAUGUUGCCCCAGAUGCUGGGAUUAGCAUCCACCAGAAUUGCAUUACCACUUGAUCUUACAGAAGAUGUGCCCAUUUAUGUCAAUGCAAAACAAUAUCAUGGUAUACUGAGAAGGCGACAGUCACGAGCAAAGCUUGAGGCUCAAAACAAACUCAUCAAAAAUCGUAAGCCAUAUCUUCAUGAGUCCCGGCACCGCCAUGCAUUGAAUAGGGUUAGGGGAUCCGGGGGACGCUUUCUUAGUGCCAAACAGCUACAGCGAUCUAAUUCAGAACUUGUUUCAGGUGCCCAUUCAGGCUCAGACCCUGUCAACGUUUAUCAUAAGAAAGAUGCAUCAGAGGUGGAAAGUCAUCCCUCAAGAACUGGAGAAAAUGCAUCUUCUAUCACAACCUUAUCUGGACUAACAAGUUUGUCCAGUAACAGUGUCAAUUUUAGGCAGCCUGAGCACAUGUUCUUGGGGAACUCCACAAAUAUGAGUGGGGCAUCACAAUGCAGUGGGGGACUCACCUUUGGUGGUGGAAUUCAGCAAUGUGCUCCAGUUGGUCGGUGAGAGGUGGAACCAAGCAAAAUAGUUCACCGAUCGGGCAAAUCAUCCUUGGCUUAAUCACUUUAAUGUAUGUGUUUCAUGUUCUACAGAAAUGUUGUUUUAUGAGAGAUUCUGCAUUAGCACUCAGACAUU